AUGGUGGCGCCACCCCCUCCCCUGUUUGUUUACGCGGAUUUUGAAGCCAUGCAGAAUGCAGAGGGAGUGUUUGUGGCUAAUUUGUUAUGCUAUUCGACGAGCGAAGAAACGACUAUUCAUGUGUUGGACGGGGAGGACUGUGCCCUACAAUUUUUGCGCCAUUUAGAUGAUCUCACCGACAUCCCGGACAGGGAGGGUGAACGGGAAAUUCUCGUGGUGUUUCACAAUUUGAAACGCUUCGACGGCAUGUUUAUUCUGCACGAACUGUAUCAGCAACAACGCGAAGUGGUGGACCAACUCACGGUGGGAGCCAAAGUGUUGUCCUUCAAGAGCGGAGCCGUCAAAUUCAUUGACUCGUUGUGUUUUUUACCUAUGCCACUGGCGUCCUUUCCCAGCACCUUCAAUUUGACCGAAUUAAAGAAGGGAUUCUUUCCUCAUUUGUUCAAUACCCCCGACCACCAACAGUACGUGGGUCGGAUUCCCGAUUUGGAAUUUUACGAUCCGGAUGGCAUGAUGGCCAAAAAGAAAGACGAACUGAGUCGUUGGCAUGCGGACCAAGUCCGUCGUAACGUGCCCUUUCAUUUCAAACACGAAAUGAUCGAGUACUGCAAGUCUGAUGUGGCUCUGUUGAAAGCCGGUUGUGAAGCCUUUCAACAAGAAUUUGAACGGCAGGCUGGCUUCAAUCCCAUGGCCAAGUGCAUCACCAUCGCCAGUGCCUGCAAUAUGUAUUGGCGCAAGCACCAUUUGACCCCCGACACCAUCGCCGUCGAACCUCUGGGGGAUGGCGAGGGGCCCAGGUCAACCAAUCGCUGAAAGCCCUGCAAUAGCUCUACUAUCAAGAACACCAAAUUCACAAGCAGGGGGCCAAUGCAGACCGCAUUCGACAUGUCCGAAACGGGGGCGAACAGUCCGUCCGGACCAUCGUCAACAGCUAUUUCGUCGAUGGCUACGAUCCCCUGACCAGAACCGUCUACGAGUUCUACGGGUGUCUCUACCAUGGAUGUCCCACCUGGUUUCCCGUGAGAGACACCAAACAUUAUGCCACGCCUGAUCGAACCGUCGAGGAACUGUAUCAAGCCACGCUAUCCAAACGCAUGGCUCUGCUCCGAGCGGGCUACACGGUCAUCGAAAUGUGGGAGUGUGAGUGGGACCGACUGGUCGACAACGAGCCUGUUGUAUCUCAGUUUCUUGCUUCCUUCGAUCUCGUACCACCCCUGGAACUCCGCGAGGCCUUUUUUGGGGGAAGGACAGGCGCCGUGGCCCUGCAUGCUGUGGCUGGGGAGGGUGAAGAGGUACGUUAUGUGGACGUCACCUUCCUUUACCCAUGGGUGAAUAAGAACUGCCCUUACCCCAUUGGUCAUCCCCAGAUCAUCACCCAAUCCGUCGACCAGUCCCUGGGAUCGUAUUUUGGUCUAGCUACCGUGGACAUUCUUCCCCCAGCUGGCCUAUUCCACCCCGUUUUGCCUCUACGCUGUGGCCAAAAGCUCACGUUUCCUCUCUGUCGCACCUGUGUCCAGGAGGAGCAAGCCCAACCAAUGUUGACCAGAACCCAUUAUUGCCCUCAUUCUGACGUGGAUCGCACGCUACGCGGGACCUGGUGCACGCCCGAGCUGGUCAAAGCCGUCGAAAAGGGGUACACCCUGAUCAAGAUCCACGAAGUCUGGCAUUUUCCCCCCGAGCAACGCCAAACGGGUCUUUUCGCCAAUUACGUGAACACGUGGUUAAAGAUCAAACAAGAAUCGGCGGGGUGGCCCAGUUGGUGUCAGACCCUAGAGCAGGCACGAGAGGGCAUCCGACUCGAUGUCGCCAGUAUUGCCAAAAAUCCCGGUCGCAAGGCCACAGCCAAGUUGAUGUUGAACAGCUUCUGGGGCAAAUUCGGUGAGCGUAUCAACAAACCCACCACCGUCACCGUCCAAAACCCCGCCCAUUUGUUCAGCCUCAUCUCCGAUGCCGCUCUCGAUAUCAGCAUUCUCCGCCUCUGUACCGACGACAUCUUGGAGGCCGUCUACACCAGUGUCCAAGACAAUGCCAUCAAAGGCACCAAGACCAACAUCUUUGUGGCGGCUUUCACCACGUGCCAUGCUCGGCUCAAGCUCUACGAGUCCCUGGACACCCUUCAACAGCAAGUCCUUUAUUUCGAUACCGAUAGUGUCGUGUACAAGUGGAGUCCCGGUCAACCCUCCAUCCCCAAAGGUGAUUUUCUGGGGGACAUGACGGAUGAACUCGACGGGGACGUCAUCACCGAGUUCGUUUCUGGAGGCGCCAAGAAUUAUGGGUACCAGAACCGUGGAGGAAAAGUGGUUUGCAAGGUACGCGGUUUCACGUUGAACGUCCGAGGCUCCGCUAUUCUCAAUUUUCACACCAUGAAAAACAAUAUUCUCCCGGAAUUAGACUCGCCUCAGGACUCUCGCCGAAAUUUGAACAUUGUCACCCCUCAUCAUUUCAAACGGGAUUUAGAACAGAAAAAAAUUCAAGUGGUUCCGCGCGUAAAGCAGUAUGGGUUGGUGUUCGACAAGCGUGUCAUCCACGUGGCUACCAAAUCGAGCUAUCCCUAUGGCUAA